AUCUGUAGCUGUUGACCAUGGCCGCACUGAAGUCGUUCCUGCUGCUGACGGCGUGCGCGGCGGCGCUGGCGGGGCGCGCGCCCCAGGCCUACUACCACGAGGCCGAGGGCAUCCCGGCCAUGGCGCGCAUCCACGCGCAGGAGCAAGCUCUGAGAGACAGCCGCAUUUCUCUGGGGAUCCAAGUCCCUAGAGGAACACACCCCUACAUGGCCGGGCUCGUGAUCCACCUGGUGGACGGGCGCACGUCGAUGUGCGGCGCGGCCAUGCUGAGCCACACGCGCGCGGCUACGGCGGCGCACUGCUGGUGGGACGGCCGCGCGCUGGCGCGCAGCUUCACCGUCGUGUACGGCGCCGACAGCCUCACCGUGGGCGGCCUGCGCCUGCUCACCAACGACGUCGAGAUGCACGCCAGCUUCAACCCUCUCACCUACGCCAACGACAUUGCCAUCAUCACUCACCCUUACGUCGAAUACAAUGACUAUAUCAAUCGGAUCUUAGUUCCCACCGGAACGCUACAGUACGUCGACACUUGGGCGGUAGCCGUCGGCUUCGGACGCACCACCAACGAUCCGACCAUCGCUCAGAGCUUCGACAAGAGACAGGUGAUGCUGCAGGUGAUCGCGAACCUGACGUGCCGCAACGUGUGGGCGGCGUCGCUGGUGGGCAACGGCGUGCUGUGCACCAGCAGCGCCGGCGGCAUGAGCGUGUGCGCCGGCGACUCGGGCGGCCCGCUCGUCAUCGGCGCCGGCGCCGACCGCACCCUGAUCGGCAUCGCGUCGUUCGGCACGGACGCGGCGUGCGGGCUGGGCUUCCCCGCCGGCUUCACGCGCGUCACCUCCUACUCCGCCUGGAUCAACGCUAGAAUCUAGUCUUCUACGAGUACUUCUACGAUUUUGCUUUAGCUCUAUAAACGAUACACUCUUUUUAAAUCUUACAUGUGAUACAAUUUAAGUGUAAGUUUAAAAAUUUUGUUUAAAUAUUUUUGUGUGGAGGUAGUUACCGUUAGGUAUCCGAAUAAAUAAUAUCUUGUGUACUAUGUACACACGUUAUGUGUUGUAUUAUUUUUUAAGGCUGUACCUAAUCAAUAGUUGUUAUUAAAGUUUGUCUGAUAAA